AUAAAUAAUUAUGUAAUACCUUUUUAGUUACAAUAAAACCUUCUUCAAUAUUUAUAGAGUAGAAGCUUAUUGUCAUUGGACGCUAAAAAUAAUGUCAAUUAUUGAUUGCCACAAAAAACGUGCAUUCUAUUGUGAAAAGUUAUAAAUAAUUUUUAUAAUGGUGUUAGAUGUACUCAGGAUAAUAUUUAAUAAGUUCUGGAAGGUAAUGAAUUUGGUAUUAGUAUGUUCAAAAAGACUGUAUGGCACUCAGCGGCUGGCGUUUGGAUUGCUGGUGGGAUUCUCUAUGUGUGCUACAACGAUACUAUUUCUUUUCAAUCAAGAUCGACCUCGGCCAAUUGGUUUGAAUGAUACUAAAGUGCUAGUCCAGAGUCGUUUGAAGGAGAUAAUAUUAUUAGAGAAAGGCACGGGAUGUGAGAUGCCAGAACUGGACCCAUUCUCCGCCGAAGCAAUGAGGUUCAUUGUAGAUCUACCGAAAAUUAAAUGUGAAGGCUUCGAUUGGGUUAAAUGUGUUAAAUCACAAUGCUUCGUUGUAACUGAAAUAUUAGAGACAAUGAAGGACAUAUCUUGCACAUACAGAGAGAUAAUAUACGUGAAUGAUAAACUAUACCUUAUAGAUAAUCCGGUUAAAGUGCGCGGCGGAAACGCUUAUAAUCUGAACAGGAGUGACCAUGUCAAAGUCUCGUGUUCCGGUAUGGAUAAAACAAGACCUAGCAUUGUAUCAACUCGUUGGUACGGCUACAAGGCUGGCUUCAGACCGGUGGCUGUGAGGAAAAAGAGGCCGAUGGGCUUGGACAACUACAACGUAUUGGUACUCGGGUUCGAUUCCGCCUCGCAUAACGGUUUCAUGAGGAAAAUGCCAAAUAGCUUUAAAUAUUUGUCUGAGAAAGCUGUUAUUUUGAACAGAUACAACAUAGUGGGUGAUGGUACCCCAGCAGCUUUGUACCCCAUCUUGACGGGGCGGGCUGAGGAGGAGCAUCCUGAUGCCAGGAAGAAAGCAACGGAACAACGAUAUGUGGAAGACAGGCUGUUUAUAUUCCACCAGCUGAAGGGAUAUGGCUACCGAACAGCAUUCUUCGAGGACAUGCCCUGGAUAGGCACAUUCCAAUACAGGUUCAAUGGCUUCCGCAAGCAGCCGGCAGACCACUACCUCAGGGCUUUCUUCUUGGAGGAGAAGAAGUACUGGAUGGACGGCCUUAACAAGCAGAACCAACAUUGUGUUGGGGCCAUACCCCAGUAUAAGUUUAUGUUGGAUCUUACUGAUCAGUUUCUCCAGCUAGACGGAAAAAAGUUCUGCUUCACAUUCAUUGUAGACGUUGGGCAUGACAACUUUAAUCUGAUAUCGAACGCUGACGAGGAUCUAGUUGCCUUCCUGGAAACCCUGGACCAGAGGAAAGCGUUUGAAGAUACGCUGGUCAUCAUCAUGGGGGAUCAUGGGUCUAGAUUCGAGGGUAUCCGAGAAACUUACCAAGGCAAGUUGGAAGAGCGACUUCCGUUGAUGGCAAUAAUGUUGCCGGACAGACUGAAAGCUCUAAGGCCAGGUGUAGAAGAGGCUCUAGCUCGCAACAGAGAUGUGUUGACGACGCCCUUCGACAUACAUACCACACUGUUGGAUGUGUUAGGGCUCAAGAAGAGGAGCAGCAAGCAUAAGAUACCAGGUUCUGAUCUGCGAAGAGCCUUGAGUUUGUUGGAACCGAUCCCAGAGUCCCGGUCAUGCGCCGAAGCCGGUAUAAUGCCUCACUGGUGCGCUUGCACUAAAUGGUUUAACGUGUCCAUCUCGGACCCCAUGUACAAUCAUAUAGCUACUCUGUUAGCCGAGUUUAUUGACGGGAUCAGCAAGGAACAGAGAGCCAAAUGUGUCACCAGACAGCUGGUACAAGUAGACUGGGUGUUGCACAGAAGUGUCAACUCUCAACUCCUCAAGUAUGGGUACAAGAACGAAAUGGACACGUUUCUUGGGAACCCCAGGAAAGUGGCGCCAAGACCUGAAAAGGAAUAUUAUCAGGCUAAGAUUGUUCUGAGUCCCGGUAGAGGUGUGUUUGAAGGCACCGUGACCUACUACCCACAAGCAGACUCUAUCUUGAUCAGUGAGAAGGAUAUUUCAAGAGUUAACGCGUAUGGCGACGAAUCGAGCUGUGUAACUGAAACACAUCCGCAUUUAAAUAAGUAUUGUUAUUGUUCAGAAAUAUUUGUGACCAGAUCUCCCAACCCACCGAUGUUCAUUAGUGAUGCGCGUUAGGUUUAUCUAUUUUAAAGACUGACUUAUCGAUAUCUUUGUAUAGUUUGUGAUUGUAUGAUAGCCUUUUUAGGGUUCCGUAACCUAAGGGUAAUAUAAAAUCGUGAUAGCACGACAGUUAAAAUUAUCAUAGAUAUUAUUAUCAUAUAUAUUUCUGUUGAAGCUAAGCUAAGCGAAGGUUGUUAAAGUCACAAGUUUCUUAGCGACAUAUUGGGCCUUUUUGAGCGGAACCCUAAGAGUCGAAUUCGACUCAUACUUAACCGGUUUUUAAGUUGUAAAUGUUGUGUGUUUUUAUAAUAAAAUCUUUCUACAUAUUUCUUUUUCGUUUUUUUUUAUUGAAUUACUGCUGCAGUGAAGUUUAAAAAGU